AAAUCAAUCAAAAGCAAGAUGACCCAAGAUUAUUCCAUGAUGAAUUUUCCAAGUACUGCAUCGAUUUACCCAUCGACCAGCGAUGACCAAUCGACCGAUCUAGAACCCUUGUUCCCCUGCUCCUACCCGCCGCCGUUCUUCGUCGGCGACGAAGAAGAUUGGCCGUCGCUCCCGCGGUGGACCUGGAGCGAGGACCGGCAGUUCGAGAUCGCCCUCGUGAUGUUCCCCGAUGAUACGCCGGACCGGUGGGAGAGGAUCGCCGGCCAGAUCCCGGGGAAGAGCGUCGCCCAAGUUUUCCAGCAUUACGAGGAUCUGGUACAGGACGUCACCCAGAUCGACGCCGGGGGGUGCGAUUGGCUGCUCGGCGGCGACGAGGACGACGGCGGUCAGGUGAUGACGUGUCUUGGAUCUGGGAAGGAGCAGAGGGAAACGGCGUCGGAGAGGAGGAGAGGAUCCCCUUGGACGGAAGAAGAGCACAGGCGUUUCCUGGAGGGAUUGGAGAAGUACGGGAAGGGAGAUUGGAGGAGCAUAUCGAGGAACGCCGUGAUCUCCAGGACGCCGACGCAAGUGGCGAGCCACGCGCAGAAGUACUUCCUCCGUCUUCACUCCGUUAAGAACAAGAAACGGCCCAGCAUUCACGAUGUCAGGCCCGGUGAUAAUUGGGCCGAUGUUCCCGGAAUGGACGUGGAGGAAGCCCAAUAACUGAAUUCUGGACACGAACAGCAGAAGCCGGACGCCGCGGGUUGAGUCGUGGCGGCGACGAAGGUGAAUGCAAAGUUAUUGCAAACCAUAGAAGUAAAUGUGGCAUUGCACUGCCCUUUUAAUUUUUGUUUGAUGAAUUUGAGCUUUUUUUUUUAAAUCUCGUAGGGGAGAUGUUGACCUCGAAAGUACAAGAUACGAGAUUUGUAGUUCAUAUUAGGAGAUGCUAAACUCAUAUUUGUCAAAGACUGGAAUGUGAAUGAAUCACUAUCAAUGUUUAUAAGCUCAAUAUUGUUACGAGCUUGUUGGAAUCAAAUAUAAACGGUUUGGGUUGUGUUCGAGAGAUUGAAAAUGAGUCUUUAUGUAAAGGCAAGGCAAGG